GGAGAUGAACGGCACAUGUAGUCAUUCCUUUGACUAUAUGCAGUGGGUGCGCUGGAGUCUCCUUCCAGCAUGCGUGAUCAUCACUAUGUUCUGCUUCUUGGAGCGACGAGUAAAUUUGUGGCCGACAUGUUGCCAUGGUCGGCCCGGUGUUGCAUUCCCCGUCAACCUGGUGGAUAGCUACACGGAUCGCUGGUCAUUUGCCUUCGCCUUUGGCAGCAUGGCGACUUUCGUAUUUAGAGUUGGUGAACUAACGGCAUCCUUUGACACUGGCCAUGUAGAUGUAAUGUUGCAAGGUUAGAGCAUUUAAUGCAGAUUU